UUGCCGCUGACCCCCCCCGGACCCUCCUGUUUCGGCGGCGGCGGCGGAGGGACCUAUUUCGGGGGAGCACCAGCUUCCGGUCAAGAUGGCGACGCUGGGAGUUUUGCGUCUCGGUGGAUUCGUAUCCGUUGUUUCCAGACCCGGUUCAGUCCUUGCUAGUCAUUCACGGUGUCUCCAUCAGACCACAGUGACAGAAAAGGCAGAAAGCUCCACACUAGCCAAACAGGCAAGCACUGAAUUAGCUGCCAAGAAGUUUUCACUUCCCAGCAAUAAAGGAGAGUAUGUCAUCACAAAACUAGAUGAGCUGAUCAAUUGGGCCCGACGGAGUUCUUUAUGGCCCAUGACCUUUGGCCUUGCCUGCUGUGCCGUUGAAAUGAUGCACAUGGCAGCGCCCAGGUAUGACAUGGACCGGUUCGGCAUCGUCUUCCGUGCUAGUCCUCGGCAGUCAGACGUCAUGAUCGUGGCUGGUACCCUCACAAACAAAAUGGCUCCAGCUCUUCGAAAGGUUUAUGAUCAGAUGCCUGAACCUCGCUAUGUAGUCUCUAUGGGCAGCUGUGCAAAUGGUGGUGGUUAUUACCAUUACUCCUAUGCUGUGGUGAGGGGCUGUGACAGAAUUGUGCCAGUAGAUAUUUACGUUCCAGGCUGCCCACCUACAGCUGAAGCACUUCUAUAUGGAAUUCUGCAACUGCAGAAGAAAAUAAAGAGGGAAAGAAGGUUAAGCAUUUGGUAUCGGAAAUAAAUGGAUGUAUAAUUGCAACCAGUAUUUAUAACAUGUGGGCCAUAAUGGGAUUCUUUGGUGGAGGAAUGAAUUUUUUUGUUGUGAUAUCAUAUAUAAAUGUGUCCUAUAAACUUUCAUUUAAAAAGUUGACACAUUUGCUUUGGCGUUUCUUUGCUUUCAAUAUUGUUUUUCAGCAGUUUAGCAUUUUGAGAUAAUACCUGUUUUGUGCAGUAUGCCAUUUUCCUUAGCUCUGCUGCUAAUGAUUCCCACCCCAUUUUUCAGAUGAUUCCCUGACUCUAGCAGAUAGGCAAUGGUAAAAAUUGGAAAGCUUUCCCAUAACUUCUAUGAAUUACAUCUGGCAUAAUAAUAAUUCAUAGAUUCUGUAUUUUUAAAAAACAAAUUAGCGAGUACUCCUCCAUUUCUCCUUUUUGAUUGACAAGAGUAACAUUGAGGAAAGCAAAGGUUUGUCAUCAGUUGGCUUUAGCAAUAGUGGAGAAAUGGGGGUGGGAGUCUUAAGGAAAUGUUAAAUUUAAAAUCUAAAUACAGGAAAACAAAGUAAAGAGACAAAUCUGACUUGUGGCCAAAUCUUUCUUCCAUCACAUGCAAGCUUCCUUGGAGGUGUACAAUGUUUAUAGCAACGUGGCCAGCACUGCUAUUGGAUUUUUUUUUUAAUCCCCCUCAGAUACUGCAACCAAGCAUCAUCAUAAUUAUAAGAAUAGCAAAACUUUCUCAAAUGUACUAAAGGUAUUUUUCCACUUUCAAAUCCAUAACUCACCAGUUUUAGGUAUAUAUCAGUUUACGGUUGGAUUAUAAUUUAGAAUAUUACAAGGUGCUCUGAAGAUGUGAGACUAAUGUCAGGUGUCUCCUUCACACCAUUUUUGAGUUGUCACCAAGUACAGUAGAUCACCACCAUUGGAUUCUUUUUAUGUAUUCCAGUUACUUCUGUACCAAAAUCUGGUAAAAUAAACUGGUAGAAAAUAA